AUGCGGUUUGAGCAUUUGAAGCUGGCCCAAGAUUUUUAUGCAAGCUACGCAAAGAAAGUUGGCUUCAUAAGUAAGAUACGAGCCAUAAAUUUUGACAGGAUGACAAAGCAACUGAUCAACCAAUCUAUCUAUUGCAAUCGGGAGGGUUUUCGCGGGUCUCGUGUCAAAGCACCCACACAGAAGAACACGAUUGCAGCUGUGGAGUGUAGAGCAAGAAUAUAUGCAAAGUUUGACAGGAAAAAGCAAGAUUGGAUCUUGUUGAAGGUUAAACUAAAUCACUCGCACCUGUGUUCAACUAAGAAGGUGGUGCACUACCACGAGAAUAGGGAGUUGACAAUGCAUGCAAAGUGCAUCAUUAAGGUUAAUGAUGAGGCGGGCAUUCGACCCAACAAGACCUUUCUAGCAUUGGCCAAUAAAGUUGAUGUCAAGGAGAUGUUGAAUUACUUCAUGCGAAUGAAGGAGUUAAAUCCGAACUUCUUUUACGCAGUGAAUGUGGGUGAUGAUUAUAAGUUUACGAGUGCAAUUUGGGUGGAUGUAAGGUGUAGGGCGUCUUAUGAAUACUAUGGAGACGUGGUGUCAUUUGUUACCACAUAUAGCACGAACCGGCAUGGAUUGUCGUUCACUACUUUCAUUGGUGUGAACCACCAUGGUAAGUCUACUUUGCUAGGCUGUGCUCUGCUAAGCAGCAAAGAGAUCCUCAGUUUUGAGUGGGUGUUCACACAAUGGCUGAAGUACAUGGGAACUACACCGCAGGGCAUCAUCACAGACCAAUUGUUUGGUGCAAUUAAGAAGGUCCUCCCCAAUACACGACACCGUUGGUGCAUAUGGCAUAUAACAAAAAAAAAAAUACAGAAUAAGCUUGGAGGUCAUGCUAGAUUCAGAGAGUUGAAUGCUGAGUUGAAUCACAUUAUAUGGAACUCUCGGUCGGUUGAGGAUUUCGAGGAUCAUUGGGCUGAGUUCAUUGAUGAGUUCAACUUACAUCACAACAGAUGGCUAUCAGAUUUGUUUGAGGACCAACACAUACUAGUUUGGUCUACGAAGGAGCAAAAGGAACUGGAGGAUGAUGUUGCAGACUCAAGAGGUCUAAUCCCAUGUGCAAUUAGAUCAGCUAUUGAGAGACAAUUUCCACAAGAGUACACCAACGAGAUGUUUAGGGAUGUCCAAACGGAGUUUGUCAAGAAGGCUGAUUGCACUAUUCGUGCCAUGUAUGAACAUGGUGACUUGGCUUGGGUAAAGGUGGAAGAGGAAAUAGUAGUCUAUGAGACGACCUGGUAUGUUACGUACGAUGUCCAUUUUGACCAUUCGACUCACGCAGUUCGAUGUGAGUGCAACUUGUUCAAGAGUGUAGGUAUAUUAUGUUACCACUGUCUUGUAGCACUUUCAUCUUACAAAGUGAAUGAGGUACCUUCCUGCUAUGUUCUACCUCGUUGGAGAAAGAACAUAAAGCGUAAGCACACCUACAUUAAGAGUAGUCACGAUGUUAGACGUUUAGAUGAAAGCCACAACAUAUUCAGAGGGUUGUGUGCACAUUUCUACAACGUUGCACAGGAAUUUGUGGAUUGUGACGAUGAAGCAGACAUGUUACAUGCUGCUCUGGAUGAUGCAAGGGCCAAGCUAGUAGAUUACCGUGCCAGGAUGCGGAAUAAGACCGUCGCCAAUGCACACAAUAACAUCGCCACAGACACUUUCAACCGUGUUCGGCAUAGAGGACAUUCAGGCCCCAUCAAAGGUAACCACAAAGGGUCGUUCAAAAUGUAA